AUGUCCGAUUUGGAAGUGUUGAACAUUUUUAAUCGUUUUUUGGUGUCCUGUAUUCGCUUCAAAGUUGUCAACGGUGCUCCGGUUGUUUAUUACGAUGACGUGGUUAAAAAUUUCAUUGUACCUGCUGCGAUAUCCUGUGUUACCGGAUAUGCUGGAAUUAUGAUAGUUCGCCUGAAUUUUGACGUAUUUAAGAAUAAUCUAAUUCAUUUGAUCACUAUCUUACGCUAUGAACUUCAAAAAGGUUUUUAUACGCGAAUCUUGCUAACUUGUGCGAUUUUCGUCGAGUUCCACUUUUUUAUACAACUUUUAUUCGUGCAAGGUUUUGGAGAAAUGAUCGUACAUCGAUAUAGUAUUCUAAGCAAUAUUGUCCAGCAACAAUCGACCAAAUCUGAGCACCUGGUGCGAAAAGUUCUGUGGCGAUGCUCGAGACUUUUUGAUCUGUUGGUGAAAGUUAGGCAACAACUAUCCGAUAUUUUCGGGCUUUGUUUCAUGUUAUCGACGCUGAUUAUGUUUUUCAACUGUGCAAUAAUAUUUUACACGACAGCACUUCUUAUCGAAGAACAUGGUCUACAUAUGACGUUUUUCUUGAAUACACUGAACUUGAUUCCCACGAGCAUACUUUUCUUCGGCCAGACCUACACCUUCGAGCGUGUCAUCGUUGAGAUCCCCUGCAACCUGUUUUUCGCGGCCAAGGAUGAUUUCAGCGUUCCGGAGCAUGUCCACACUCAGAAGGUGUCCAAAUUGGCUAAUGAAUUUCUGGUUUGGCAAAUCAUCUGCACGUGCGGAAAGCGGAGUGCACGUUUCGUGAUCCAGGACACGUUGAACGGACCAUGA